CCGCUCCACCUGCUGCUGCUGUGCCACGCGUGGGCGCUGCCGCCGCCGCCGCCGCGGGAGGCGCAGGCGGUGCUGCCCGCCCGCCUGCCCGCGCCGCCGGGGCACCUGGCGCUGCGGCUCGCCGCCUUCGGCCGCGCCUUCGUGCUGCGCCUGCGGCCCGACGCCGCCUUCGCCGCCCCCCGCCUCCGCCUCCAGCGCCUGGGGGGCCGCCCGCGCCCGCCGCGCCGCGCCUGCGGCUUCUACGCGGGCGCCGUCGAGGCGCGGCCCGACGCCCCGGCCGCCUUCAGCCUCUGCGGCGGCGGCCUCCGCGGCUCCUUCCUGCUCGACGGCCGGGCCUACGCGCUGCAGCCGCUGGGGCCCCCCGCGCCCGGCCCGCCCUGGCGCCGCCCGCACCGCCUCCAGCGCCGCGCCGCCCCGCCGCCGCCGCCGUCGGGCCCCGGCCGCGGGGAGCCGCCGCCGCCCGCCGCGCCCCGCCGCGCCCGGCGCUUCGUGUCCGCGGCGCGCUACGUGGAGACGCUGCUGGUGGCCGACGCCUCCAUGGUGCGCUUCUACGGCGAGGACGUGGAGAACCACGUCCUGACGCUGAUGUCCGUGGCGGCCCGCAUCUACAAGCACCCCAGCCUGAAGAACGCCGUCAACCUGGUGGUGGUGAAGGUGCUGAUCGUGGACGACGAGGCGGCGGGGCCGGAGGUGUCCGACAACGGCGGGCUCACCCUGCGCAACUUCUGCAGCUGGCAGCAGCAGUUCAACCCUCCGAGCGACCGGCACCCCGAGCAUUACGACACCGCCGUGCUGCUGACGAGACAGGACUUCUGCGGCCAGCAGAGCUGCGACACGCUGGGAGUGGCGGACAUCGGCACCAUGUGCGACCGGAACAAGAGCUGCUCGGUGAUCGAGGACGAGGGCCUGCAGGCAGCCUACACGCUGGCCCACGAGCUGGGGCACGUCCUCAGCAUGCCCCACGACGACUCCAAGACCUGCGAGCGGCUCUUCGGGCCCCUCGGCAAGCAUCACGUGAUGGCCCCACUUUUUGUCCAGCUGAACAAGACGCAGCCGUGGUCGCCCUGCAGCGCCAUGUACCUCACUGAAUUCCUGGACGGAGGGCACGGGGACUGCUUGCUCGAUGCCCCAGCCCAAGCGCUGGCGCUGCCCACCGAGCUGCCCGGCCGGGGGCCCCUCUACAGCCUGGACCGCCAGUGCCAGCAGAUUUUUGGUGAGGACUUCGAGCACUGCCCCAACACCACCGAGGAGGACGUCUGCGCCCAGCUGUGGUGCCGGACGGGCACCGGCGAGCCGCUGUGCCACACCAAGAACGGCAGCCUGCCCUGGGCGGACGGCAGCCCCUGCAAGGGCGGCGGGCUGUGCUGGGACGGCGGCUGCCUGCCGCCGGGCGCCCUGCGGCCCCAGCCGGCGGUGGACGGAGCCUGGGGCCCCUGGAGCCCCUGGGGCGCCUGUUCGCGGACGUGCGGCGGCGGCGUGCAGUUCUCCUACCGCCACUGCGACAGCCCCAAGCCCCGGCACGGCGGCCGCUACUGCGAGGGCCAGCGCGCCAAGUACCAGUCGUGCCGCACCGAGGAGUGCCCCCCGGACGGCAAGAGCUUCAGGGAGCAGCAGUGUGAGAAGUACAACAACUACAAUUUCACGGACCUGGACGGCAAUCGCCUCGAAUGGGUUCCCAAAUACGCGGGAGUGUCGCCCCGAGACCGGUGCAAGCUCUUCUGCCGAGCCAGAGGCAGGAGCGAGUUUAAAGUCUUUGAGGCCAAAGUGAUCGAUGGGACACUGUGCGGACCGGAGACCCUCUCCAUCUGCGUCCACGGCCAGUGCAUCAAGGCUGGUUGCGAUCAUGUCAUUGGGUCCUCCAAGAAGCUGGACAAGUGUGGGGUGUGCGGCGGCAACGGCUCCACUUGCAGGAAAAUAUCCGGCUCGCUCAACCGAUCCAAAUACGGCUACAACGACAUCGUCACGAUCCCUGCAGGAGCAACCAACAUCGACAUCAAGCAGCGCAGCCACCGCGGGGUCCGUCACGACGGGAAUUACCUGGCUCUGAGGACUCUGGAGGGCAGGUACCUGCUGAAUGGAGACUUUGCCAUUUCGGCCAUGGAGCAGGACAUCCUCAUAAAAGGAACCAUCCUGAAAUACAGUGGCUCCAUGACAACCCUGGAGAGGCUCCAGAGCUUCCAGCAGCUCCCUGAACCCCUCACAGUCCAGCUACUGACCAUCGCCAGUGAGAUCUUCCCACCAAAAGUCAAGUACACCUUCUUCAUUCCCAAGGACAUCCCCUUCAACAAGCAGAAGGGCCAAGAGAAGAAGUCGGCCAACGUCAUCCAGCCGAUGCUGACCUCGCAGUGGGUCUUGGGUGACUGGUCCGAGUGCUCCAAGACAUGUGGCUCUGGCUGGCAGAGACGGACGGUGGACUGCCGGGAUGUCGAAGGCCAGGCCUCAUCCACCUGCGACAGAGCCCUGAAGCCCGAGGACAUCAAGCCCUGCGGAGACUUCCCCUGCCCGCUGUGGCGCCUGGGCCCAUGGUCCCCGUGCUCCCAAACCUGCGGAGAGGGUGUGCGGACGCGCAGCGCCUCCUGCAUCGACUACGCGGGGAAGAUCGUGGCCCCGGAGAAGUGCGGCCAGCCAGCGCCGCCGCCGGCCACCGCAGCCUGCGUGCUGCAAGAGUGCUGAGCCACGACAGGGACGGCCACGACGGAGACACACGGCACAGGCGGCGACCCGCCCGGCGAGCUGUACGUGUGACAGCGAACGUGCGGUAACGGACAUAGAAAGAUGAACGGACGUGAAAGAGUAACCACUCUCCAGUGGUUCAUCCCCACCCGAUAGACAUCUACCUCAGAGCGGGGAAUAACAGUGUCAAAGUGAGGAGGAAUCACUUUCUUUCUCGUCCUUUCUUGCUUUCCAACUGGCUGAUAGCAGGCAAAUUUUAAUUUAAGGGGAAAAAGGAGCAUAUUUAGAGGCUAUUUCCAAAGUGGAUGACUCGAGUUUCAACAGCGGGCUCGUCGGGUGACUGCCCAGCCCUGGAGUGCAGCUUCCCUCCUGCAGAAGUUCAACGUGGUCAAAGGACGUGGGUUGAGGUGGUGUUGAUCUCCAGCGCUGCACCAAGGCCCGCUCCUGCAGCCGGUUUCUGGGCGGACUUGCCGCUUGGUUCGGUAGGAGCUGUCUUGGACGGACACUGAAUUUGUCCGGUGGGGUUUGUUAAUGGGGAGGGGGCUUUUGCUGCAAAAUGUGGAGCUAGCUCUCUGAUCUCACCAUCCCACCUGCAGGCCAAGGAGAUUGGGAUUGGGGGACCCGAUUCAGGAUGCGAUAAAAUUUGGAUCUCUUUGUGAAGACCGGGGAACCUGGAUCGGCUUGCAGUCCCCUCUGUUCAACAGUGUGGGUGUCUUCGAGUGCGAGGCGUGUUUUAUCAGCUGUGGUUUUAGUUUCUGAGAUAACUUGCUAAUUUGGCAAGGCAUGAGCCGAGGGCCAGCUCCUGGCAUGCGCUGGGCAGGAAGUUGAGUUAGAUGACCUUAGUGGUUCCUACCGGAUUUAUAAUCCACGAUGCUACAAAUCGCUGACCCCUAACAUCCCCAGAUGCUGAAAUUCAGGGAGCUGUUUAGGACAGUCCCUAUUUUCACUCUGACAAGCAGAUUCAUUGGAAACUCAGGUCAGUCCAAAACAUUCAUACCAGCCUUGCGUGUAUACCUGCACCCCUGCCCGUCUUCUUUGCUCCCCUUCUCCUUCACAAGCACCGAGGAAAACAAAGAAAUCAUCUCCCAAGACGGAGGAGUUGGAGCAUGGCACUGCAAACCAAUUAUUUCUCAAGUUGCAAUCCCGGCAGGAACUCUUACUCCCCAUGCCUCAACUUCCCCAGCUAUAAAACCGAGGCUAGUUAUACCCGAUCUGGUUUGCAGGGCUACUGUGGGGAUUAAUUCAAGCUUCUGCAGUGCUUUGACUGUGAAACGCUUGUGGCCUUGGAGAAGCUGUGCCCCUGGGAUGGACACUUGGGUGUGCAAGCAUUUCCUUUCCCAUAGCCAUCCUCCUUGGCUUCCAGUGCACCGCCUAUUUAUUUUAUCAGCUGUGGUUUUAGUUUUUGAGAUAAUUUGCUAAUUUGGCUCGAAGGGCCGGCUCCUGGCCCGCGUUAGGCAGGAAGUCGUGCUAGCCGACCGGAGUGCUUCCUGCCGGAUUUAUCACCUACGAUGACGCAAAAUCUCUGAGCAUCCCCAGAACUCGCAGGUGCCGCUGCGGCCUCUCCGCGGCCGGGUGGGUGCCUUCGCUUCGGGCUGGUUUCCAGCCCUCGGCACGCGUGAGGAUGCUCAGACCCGGGCUUUGGCUCCAGCCCUGCUUGAGCAAUUCUGGGCCGGACGGUCUGAAAGGACGGCUCGCGGGGCUGGAGCUCUUCGUUCCCAGCAGGGAACGGCCGGGAACGCUGUCUGGCCCCGGCGCAGAUGGCUGCCUAGUCGCUGAACUUCCCCCCUUCUUCGCGGCAGCCUCCUCCCGCCGUACGUGCGCUGGCGGCCGCCCCCGGCUCCGGAGCGGGGAUGGAAUUUGCAAACGUUUCGUGGCGGCCGGCUCUCGAAGAGGAGCUCUCCCCACCACCUAGAGGCUCCUCGCCUUCGGCCCCUCGCGUGCCCUGGAAAAAAAAACCCCUUACCCCCUUGCAACUUCCCAAGCGCGCGGCGCCGCGGGCUCCCGAAACUGCCGCCCGGCGCAGCGAGGAAGACGCCGGGUUUCCCUCCCCGGGCCCGUUUCGUUUGUGUCCGAGAGUUGAGCUAAACCUGAGAUGUUCAGCCUCUAUCGUCCGUGGGUAAUUCCGAUCGAAACCAAGGAGGAUUUUUUUCCUACCUGGGGGUUAAGUCUUUUCCUGAUCCGGAGGGCUCAGGCUACAGGAUUUGGCCUUGGCUCUUUUUUUUUAAGGAAAAAAAAAAUACAAAAUAAAGGCCAGCUGCGGAGUUUGGACGCGGCGCUUUUUGGGCUUUGCUCCAGACCCACCUUCGGGCAAUGUCCUGCGUCUGCUAAUUAAUCUCCGGGAGUUUAAACCCUCUCACUCUCACAGAGAGCUGCGCGCUGGAGUCGCGCAGCCUCGCCGGGUCGUUCGCGUCUCCCCUUUGGGCCGCGGAGGGGGGGGGUUUGACGCGGAGGCGAGCACGCGUUUCCUCCGCGGCCUCGCAGCGAGCCCCCCCACGUAGGACGGCUCAGAAGUUUCAGCCCGAGCCGGUGCCGAGGAAAGCGGCCGCGGCGACCGGGCCCAGGGCCGCUUCCAGCGCCGCGUGUUCGCCGCCGCUUAGCCGGAGCAUCCUAAACCCUCCCGCCGCGGGCACGUCCCCCGCGCCGGGGUCGCUUCCUCCCUCAGCGCCCGGUAGCUUUUUUUCCCCCAUGGGCGACCGUUUUGUCGAAGAGGUUGUAUACUAGGAUAUAUAUAUGUAUAUAUAUAUGUUUUCCCUUCAGUGAAGGAUUGUAGCAACGUACUGAGCCUCUUGUGUUAGGUAUUUAUUAUAAAUUUCUGUUUUGUUUUGUACAGUAGCCGUCUGGGGGCAGAGGGGGGGGAAGGACUGUGUUUGAACAUGCUGCUCCCACCCCACGUCCCCCCUCUCGAGCCCCAGCGGUGCUGGAGAGGGGAAGUUUUGCUCGUCCUUUAACCGCUUAGUUACGCGCCCGGCGGCGCAAAUCCGGGUGCGAUUUCCGAUGGGCCUUGGUAAGCGUACCAAAUCCGGCAGAAGUAAGCUUGGGGCAUGCAUUUUAAGGGGGGAAAAACAAGCGGUUUUCCUAUUUUAUCCUUUUCUUUGUAUUUCCAUGCUUUGUUUUUGACUUUGAAACCAGAUAGUCUGUGACUCUGCCUUUACCUCUUCAAUAAAGGACUUCCUGCCUAUUA